UAGUAGAUUUCGUCUUCUUCUCAAAGUAUGGCCGUUUGCACCACCAUAUUGGCCCAAAGCCAAUAAUGCCUCUUACUGACAGUUGACGUUGACAACGUGGGACAGUCAAUAUUGUCAUUGGCAUUGUCAGUCAUCGUUUAUUUACAUUUGUAUGUGUAGAGAAUUUUAAAGAAUGAUAUUUAUGAAAUGGAUAUUUUAAAUACUCUACGAAAUUUGAAUUCUGACGUUAGUAUAUUAAGCAAGUCAACCUGGUUAGGACAUUUAUUAAUACAAUUUCAAGAAACGUAUAAGAUUUUCUAUUUAAUAAUUUUCUGCUUUAUAACAGCAUUGUCUAUCAUAGUAGUCAUCUGUAUAAGAAAAUGUUCCAAAAAAGUAUUUUCUCGCAAGGAAUUAUUACCUCAAGAAACAACAAGCCGUUUCAGAAAAAGAGACAAGGCUUUGUUUUACGGUAGAAAAAUGAUACGCAAGGUAAAAAACAUUUCUGGACAAGUUAGAAAUUCUGGACAAGGAAAAAAACGAAAAAUGGUUAUGAAAUUUGCAAGGAGAAUUUUACAGCUAAAAAAGGAAACUGAUCACGAGCAAUUGAAGGUCUUGGAACCACCAGCUGAGUAUUUACAAGAGGAUAUGUUAAACGAUGAUCGAAUGCCACCUGAUGCCUUGUAUAUGCUUCAAAGCAUUAGAGUUUUUGGUCACUUUGAAAAACCGGUCUUUUUAAAACUCUGCAAACACACGGAAAUUAUAAAUGUUAGUGCUGGUGCUUAUUUAUUCCGAAUAGGUGAUCCUGAUGAAAACGUGUAUAUUGUCCAAAGUGGAAAAUUGAAUGUAUUUAUAACGGGGAGUGAAGGCACAAAUACAUUAAAAAUUGUAAAACCUGGAGAGUCGGUAACAUCUUUAUUAAGUUUUACAGACGUGUUAACUGGACACCCAAAUCCAUACAAAACCAUAUCGGCUAAAGCUAUUAUCGAUUCUACGGUAGUAAAAUUGCCAAUGGCUGCAUUUCAAGACAUUUUUCAAGAGUACCCAGACAUAUUUAUAAGAGUCAUUCAAGUUAUUAUGGUUAGGUUGCAAAGAGUUACUUUCACGGCGUUACAUCAGUAUCUGGGACUUAGUGCUGAACUAGUUAAACAAGGUCCAAAACAAAAAAACCUUAUACCAGGGUCCCCGUUGAAGAGGAAGAAGGAAGAGGGAGGUCCAGGGAGCACAGCAGACAGUUUUUACUCUAUGUCACAGCCUAUACCGGUGCCGGGGCAUCGAAGGACCAAGUCUUCGUUGGAAUCGAAAUCAUUUUCUCCCAACUAUGCAACCCCCGAUAUGGUAGCUGAUACUGAACUAGGCGCGAGCAAUAACACCCCAGAUUUGACAACGCUUCAAAGGAAAAGGCCGUCUUUCCCGGAGAACGUCGAUGAAGAAGAUCUGAUACAAAUAGCGACCGACGCUUUUGUCAAAGAACUAGGACUCGAUGAUUCUUCGAGUUUGCAGGGAAAAGUGGAAAUUAGGGAAGUGUCAGCUGGUACAUAUUUAAUGAAAGAGGACUCAAAUAAGGACGUCGCCCUUGUAUAUGUCAUCUCUGGCGCUUUAAUUGUAUCUCAAAAACUAACCGAAGGCGAUGAUGAGGUGCACAUGUUCACCGCUUAUCCUGGAGAAAUAGUUGGAGGCCUAGCCGUAUUAACAGGAGAACCGAGCUUUUUUACGAUACGCGCAAAGCAUUUUACCAGAAUAGCUUUACUUUCCAAAAACACGUUUUACAGUAUGAUGAAGGAAAAACCUAAGAUAGUUUUAUAUAUAGCCCACUUGGUGGUCAGGCGACUAUCGCCCUUCGUACGACAGGUCGAUUUUGCGCUAGACUGGCUCUUUAUAGAAUCGGGAAGGGCAGUUUAUAGACAAGACGAUGAGAGCGACUCUACUUAUAUUGUACUUUCCGGACGGCUGAGGUCCGUAAUAACGCAAAAGGAUGGUAAAAAGCAGCUGGUUGGGGAAUACGGCAAAGGCGAUUUAAUUGGAGUCGUUGAGAUGGUGACGCAAACCAAACGAAGCACUACUGUGAUAGCUGUGAGAGAUUCCGAACUCGCCAAACUACCCGAAGGCUUAUUCAAUGCAAUUAAAUUAAGAUUUCCGAUAGUCGUAACUAGGCUUAUUAAUUUAUUGGGCCAUAGGAUAUUAGGUACUUGGAAAAAGCCAGCAAUAAACGUUCAUACUCCUAGCAGUUCGGCGGUGGACACUAGACCUUCACAGAUUAACUUUUCAACUGUGGCUAUAGUCGCUGCGUCCGAUGACGUACCGCUAACUGCGUUUACUUACGAACUUUACCACUGCUUAUGUGCUAUUGGUUCAACUUUAAGACUGACUUCAGAUGUAGUGAGGAAAACCCUUGGAACGACAAUAAUGGACCCGAAUAACGAGUACCGUCUCUCUUCGUGGUUGGCGCAGCAAGAGGACCAACACAAAAUUUCUCUCUAUCAGUGCGACCUAACGGUUAGCGCUUGGACCCAACGUUGUAUCCGACAAGCCGACUGCAUCCUAAUCGUCGGCUUGGGGGAUAACUAUCCUUCCCUGGGCAAAGUGGAGAAGGAAAUUGAACGUCUGGCCAUAAGGACACAGAAGGAAUUGGUGUUGUUGCAUAAAGAGGACGGGAAACCACAUAAUACCAUCGCAUGGUUGAACAUGAGGACGUGGGUGUCGUCGCAUCAUCAUAUAUUAUGCCCUAACAGGCUGUUUUCUAGGAAAUCGAUUUAUAGAAUAAACGAAUUAUAUUCAAAGGUCUGUUCCACGGACCCGAAUAUACAUUCAGAUUUUUCGCGUCUGGCCAGAUGGUUAACUGGUACAUCAGUCGGGCUAGUUUUGGGUGGAGGCGGAGCGCGGGGUUCGGCUCAUAUAGGGAUGAUAAAAGCUAUACAGGAAGCUGGCAUUCCCAUUGAUAUGGUGGGCGGAGUUAGCAUAGGUGCCUUCAUGGGAGCUCUUUGGUCUCAAGAGAGGAAUAUUACAACCGUCACACAGAAGGCUCGGGAGUGGUCAAAGAAAAUGACACAGUGGUGGAGACAAAUUAUGGACUUGACAUAUCCGGUGACGUCGAUGUUCAGCGGUCGCGAUUUUAACCAAACAAUCCGUGCUACUUUAGGAGACACGUAUAUAGAAGACCUCUGGCUGCCUUAUUUCACUGUUACUACCGACAUUACGUCGUCUUGUAUGAGGAUACAUACGCAUGGUCAAUUGUGGAGAUAUGUCAGGGCAAGUAUGUCAAUCGUCGGUAUCUUUCCCCCAAUGUGUGACCCUCUAGAUGGCCACUUGAUAGCGGAUGGUUGCUAUGUUAAUAAUGUACCAGCUGAUGUUAUGCGUAGUCUCGGAGCGAAUCACAUUCUGGCUAUAGACGUUGGCUCGGUGGAUGACCAAGAUCUAACAAAUUACGGAGACGAUUUGUCGGGUUGGUGGUUACUAUGGAAACGGUGGAAUCCGUUUACAGAAACUGUCAAAGUUCCUAAUCUACCGGAUAUCCAGUCCCGGUUAGCAUAUGUUAGCUGUGUUAGACAACUAGAGGAAGUGAAAAAUAGUGACUAUUGUGAAUACAUCCGUCCACCUAUCGACAAGUAUAAAACACUACAGUUUGGUAGCUUCGACGAGAUUAGAGAAGUGGGUUACCAACACGGAAAAGCCUACUUUGACGGUCAAAUGAGAGCGGGAAACUUGCCCAUUUUCAAAGUAACCUCAGAAAUUCAUAAGAGUUCCUCUAACGUUCAUUGUUUAGGUGGAUAUACGUUCACCGAUUUAGCCCAAAUGGUUUGCAAAGUUUCUAGACCUUAUGAAGAAGAAGAAUCUACAUCAAGUUCUUCCGAUGAAGAAGAUGAUAGAGGAGGAUAUGCGUCAGAGCCUACCGUAGGUCUUCUGGAAGAGAAAAAGCAUAUACGAAGAGCAGGAGGAUCGCUAUCUUUAUCUGAAAACGAAUUAGAAUCUGAUGUGGAUUUUGAUAUAAAUAAUACCUACCAAAUGUGAAAAUUAGUCAUUAACGUAAUUCUGGUCAUGUAAUACUUAUUCAUCGUAGAAUAUAACUAUAUCUACUUUUUACCGUGUUAUUAUGUAUAUUUUCUAAUACUGAAGAGAAAAUUGCAAAUAAUAACUUAGUUUUUUUAUGUAAUUUCACC